AUGUUUGUAAAAGGGAAAUAAUAUAAAGAAUUAACAAUUAGUUCUGAUGACUUCAUGAUGAAAUAGCAAAUGAUAGAUUAUUCUAAAAAAAGUACUGUUUGUUGAAAUUUCAAAAAUUUAUAGGAAUUAUAAUUAAUUCAACUUUUGGUAUAACAAGUGUAAUUAUUUGAUUAUUAAAUUUUUUAAGUUAUCAUUUUAUAUCUUAGAUUGUAAGAUAGAGAAGCAAAAGUCAGAAAGCUUAGAUGAUUGA